AUGGCGGCCGUCGGCAGUGAGUCUCCGCGCGUGUUUCACGGCUCUGACGCGGGACCAGGGGACUCCGCGGGCCGGGAGCACGGGGCGGAGGUCCCCGACACUGUCGGGGCCCCCACACUGAGAGGGGAGCGGCAGGAGGAGGAGAUCUGGAACAUCAAACAGAUGAUCAAACUGACACAGGAGCAUCUGGAGGCUCUGCUCGACAAGUUUGGAGGAGAGCACAACCCUCCGUCCAUCUACUUAGAGGCCUAUGAGGAGUACACCAGUAAGCUGGAUGCCCUGCAGCAGAGGGAGCAGCAGCUCCUGGAGGCGCUGGGAAACACAGAGCUGCCGUCUUCUCCCACGCCGGCGGCCAUCUUGGAUCUACAGGAGCACAGUUUCACCUCUGACCCCAACACUCUCACUGUGACCCCAUGUGACCCAUCCAGGGUCAACCCCAGGUCACCUCAGAAGCCCAUCGUCAGAGUGUUCUUACCCAACAAGCAGCGCACUGUGGUUCCCGCUCGCUGUGGGACGACGGUCAGAGAUUCUCUGAAAAAAGCUCUGAUGAUGAGAGGCUUGAUCCCAGAGUGCUGUGCAGUCUACAGGGUCCAAGAUGGGGAGAAGAAGCCGAUUGGUUGGGACACUGACAUCUCGUGGCUGACAGGAGAAGAGCUGCACGUGGAGGUCCUAGAGAACGUCCCCCUGACCACACACAACUUUGUGCGUAAGACCUUCUUCACGUUGGCGUUCUGUGACUUCUGCAGGAAGCUGCUGUUUCAGGGUUUUCGGUGUCAGACAUGUGGAUACAAGUUCCACCAGCGCUGCUCCACCGAGGUCCCCCUCAUGUGUGUCAACUACGACCAGCUCGACUUGUUGUUUGUGUCCAAGUUUUUCGAACAUCACCCGUUUUCACCCGACGAGGUUUUAUCAGAAGGAAGUACUCCAGUGUCGGAGUGCCCCGCCCCCUCAGACAACAGGUCAUUGUGCCAUGCCUCCCUCUCUCCCUCGAAGUCGAUCCCGAUUCCUCAGAGUUUCAGACAAAGCGCAGAAGAAGAACAUCGCAACCAGUUUGGACAAAGAGACCGUUCGUCCUCCGCCCCCAACGUCCACAUCAACACCAUCGAGCCGGUCAACAUCGAUGAGCUGAUCGGGGGCCAGUGUCUGCCGCGCUCUGACGGAGGCACCCCGGGGCUCUCGGCCACGCCCCCCGCCUCGUUACCAGGGUCACUCACAAACGUGAAGAUGCCGCAGAAAUCCCCCUGUCCACAGAGAGACCGCAAGAGCUCGUCAUCCUCCGAUGACCGGAACAAGAUGAAGACGUUGGGUCGUCGUGACUCCAGUGACGAUUGGGAGAUUCCUGAAGGACAGAUCACUUUGGGCCAAAGGAUCGGGUCGGGAUCCUUCGGGACGGUCUACAAAGGGAAGUGGCACGGUGAGAAACACAUGCACUACGGACCAUCAGAGAGGACCAUCAGAGAGGACCAUCAGAGAGGACCAUCAGAGAGGACCAUCAGAGAGGACCAUCAGAGAGGACCAUCAGAGAGGACCAUCAGAGAGGACCAUCAGAGAGGACCAUCUGAGAGGACCAUCUGA